CUUCCUUUUCCGGCGGCGACAUGGCGAAGGCGCGCGUGGUGCCGAGCGACUUGUUCCCGCUGGUCUUCGCCUUCCUGCAAGAAAACCAUUUCGAGGGGGCGGCGCGGGCUUUCGGGAAAGCUGCCGGCGUGGUGAGUGAGGGGGCAACGCGGGGGGGGGCUGUUGCUUUUCUUUGGGGGGGCGGCGCGUGCGCGUGUCUGUGCGCAAGUGGAGGCGACAGGGAUGCAUGAAAUCCCUGGAGAAGGGAGAGGGGUCUCGGGGGUCAGGCCUCUUUCCCCGCCAGCAGUGUGCCAUAACCUCCAACAUUUAUCGGAAGAAAAUAUGGACGUCCCAAGGGGAGGUCUCCCCAGGUGAGGUGGGGGGACGACGACUCCAUAUUUGGAGGUCAGGGUUCAGAUCCUGAACUGAAGGGGCUGGUUGGGGGCGUGAUGGCAGUUGCAAAGGGGAAAACAGUUGGAGGGGAGCCUCCUCCCGUGGAGAGGCGACGUGCUGCGCUUGUCUCAAGGCAGCAGACGUUUCUCCUCUCUGCGCACGUGGGGGCUAGGGGACGUUUGAGUUUUUGCAACUUCCGCCUUUCCAAAAUGAGGGGCGCGAAACAUUGUCACGUGGCUGGGGAAGCCAAAGGUGUGUUGGGGUUAAAUUAAUAGAAUUUAGUUGGCUUGGUAAGUAGAACGUGUGCAAAAUGGCGUAGAGUCGUUUAAAAAACCUGUUGCCAAGUACUUGCGGUUCUAUUCCAUAUUCAUAUUACUGUUAUCAUUCACCUGACAUUUUCAGAAGGUGAAAUUAAAAUUGUUUCUCCGAAAACAGUUAUGUGCUUGGUAGACUUCCGAAGCUAGAUGUUGUCCAGUCACAAAAGCAAUAGCAGAUUUGAAUUCCUCACAACCAGAAACAUACUUUUAAGGCCCCUCAUUGAAUAAAUUCACAGAAAUUAAGUUUCACCCCCUAAAAUGACAUGCCCUAAUGUGGGAUGGAGGUGAUCUGUGGCCUUCUGUGGAAGUUAGAUAAUCUUUGUUAUUUAUACAUUAAAUUUCUAUGCCACCCUUCAUCCGAGUACCACAAAGUUUUACAAAGCAAUCUUUAAGGCAACAUGUAUAUGAGCGAGUGGUAAGUAAUUGAUAAAGGAGGAAGGAAAUGUGCUGAUGGACUGAGGCAAAGAGCAUUUACUUUGAGGGGCUGUUGGGUUUGUGGGUGGGGGUGGGGAGAGUGGAUUAUUAAGGAUGGGCGAAAGCACCUGAAGAGCCCAGGGCAGGGGUCAGCAACCCGCGGCUCCGGAGCCGCAUGUGGCUCUUUUAAACCUUUGCCGCGGCUCCCGGGCGGAUACUAGCGAGGGGAGGAGGCGCAUUGUGCGCCCCGACACUCCCCACUGUGGCGGGCGCUGUACUGGCUGUGACGUCGCAUGGGGGCAGUGCGAGCGUUAGUCACGCACCGUCCCGACGUCACUUUCCCGCCUGCCCGCCCGCUACAUUGUAAGGGGCAUGUACGCUGGUCACUGCAUUGAAAGGGGGCAUGUACACUGGUCACUGUUUUGACGGGGAGUGAAGAACACACACACAAAAAAAGGUAACUUGUUAAUUUAACGUUUAUUUCUAUGAGGAGGAGUAAUUCUGAGGGGUCAAACAAAGAAAUAAUAAAAAAGUGACAAAAAAGUUAUUUUUAUAAUGACGAGUUUUGCGGCUCCCAAUUUUUUUUUCUUUGGAAACGGGUCCAAGUGGCUCUUUUUCUCUUAAAGGUUGCAGACCCCUGGCCCAGGGUGUUGGCAGCAGGAGGCUCCAGAAUUCGCAGCACAUGGUACUUGCUUGCAAGCAUCAUAACUUACUAUCAAAAAGGUGUUUUUUCCCAUAUUUUAUCAUUUUUGUGUUGUGUUUGCAUUUUAGACAAAACAAGACCCCAAUGCCGCUUCUCUCCUUGAUGUCUUCAACUACUGGCUGAAGUAAGUAGUGUAGUUUUUCAGAGAGAAUUACUGCCUGUUGGUUCCAAACAAUUUUUCAUUGGUUACCUGUUGGUUUGUUUUAGUAAAGCUGUUCAUUGUCAGUCUCUCUCUCUCUCUCCCCCCCCCCCCCAUGCCAAACUAGGAAUAUGAGUGUGCGUAGUUCUGGUGAAUCAGACUCAGGACUUGCCUAUAAAAGAUGCUUCACAAAUUGGUAUAACACCAAGUAAAUGGGAUGGUAAUGGAGUAUGAAUUCUUUGACAUCAUCAGUGCCUCAAAGGAAGUCCUAACAUAGGUCUAGCCUACGUUUGAUUGGUUUCAUCAUGUGUUUUUUUAAAGCUGUUCUAACUUGUCUCUGUUGCUCCUAAUGCAUUGCUAAGCUUAAGCAGCCACACAGGCCCUACUAUAAAGCAGGAAUUCAGGGUAUGGGGCGGAAUGGCAUAUUUGUAGCAAUGCCAGUAUGCAGAUGGAAAUUUGCAGACCGGCUGUGGGUGAUCCACAAAGCACACAUGGUGAGGUAAUACAUAUUAAAAGUCAAUGGGACUACCUACGAAUAAAUGUGCACCGCUGGAUGUUUAUGGUAAAAUAUCAUACGUGAAAUGUUUAUCAAACGUAUUAUUUCCCCCCAAAAUGCUUGCUACACCAGUUGAUUCACUGGUGACAUUAAUCUCAUAGGUGCUGUGAGGACAUGCUUUUCAAAGGCACACAUUAUUCUUUGCCGUCUUUAUCCGCAUGAAUACAUAUUUAUUUAUUGCAUUUGUAUGCCUCUAUCAUGGAUCAUCAGGUCUCCUAUUCAGACACUGACCAGAUCCAGCUGCUUCUCAUGUCUUCAGAUCCUGCCCUGGGAUCAGAGGAGAACCACAUGUUCUUUUAAACUGGUUCUGUUGACCUUGACAAAUCUAAAUCCAACUGCGGAGGGAUGAGAACCACCAAAGAAAAUCUAGCGUGUACAUCAUCUCUCAAUAUUGGUACAAAUAUAUAUGCCCAUGCAUUCUCUUUAUUUGUCCUGGGUUGCUUUGUGAGUAAACUUAGUUGUAAAAGUAAGCCACGUGUACCAAUUCACAAGCAUUGGGGUGGGGUGGGGUUUUCACAUUGCGCUUGUGCAAAUGGAUGUAGUUCUGCGCAUCCUGUUAUUUGUGGGUGCCCUAUGCACGUGUUUUUAUCACGCAGCAGUGUAGCAGGGAGUGUUCAAUUUUAAUCAUCGUUAGCAUGAGGACCAGUUUAAAAUACAGUUCCCCCUCCCCCCAGAAAACCCCAAAACGUGCAGUUCCUGUUUGUGCAUACUUGAGAAAUCAGGAGUAACACCCACCCACCCACCCACCCAUGUGGAUAUGGAGUUACCACUACAGUGGUGCCUUGGGUUACAUACUGUUCAGGUUACAUACGCUUCAGGUUACAGACUCCGCUAACCCAUAAAUAUUACCUCGGGUUAAGAACUUUGCUUCAGGAUGAGAACAGAAAUCGUGCGACGGCGCAGCAGCAGCAGCAGGAGGCCCCAUUAGCUAAAGUGGUGCUUCAGAUUAAGAACAGUUUCAGGUUAAGAACAGACCUCUGGAACGAAUUAAGUUCUUAACCUGAGGUACCACUGUAUUUGCGAGGGGAGGGAAGUCUGUUCAGCACUGAUGCGGAGACACCCCACCCCGAAAUCCAGGGAGUUCUGUGGUGCUCAGAAGGAGGUAACAGGACCUUCCUGGUUAUUCUAGAUGUGGAACCAAAGCCAAGAAUGAAAGGAUUCCGCUCUCUCAAAGUAGGUGCCCUGUGGUAGCCAACAAUGCAGUCCUACCCAUGUCUACAAGGAAGUAAACCAAGUUCAGUUUAAUAGAUCUUGCUGGAUCCUAGAACGACAAUAGUUAUACCCCUGUUUCCCAUCUUCCUUCAGUCAGUCCUGCAUUCUUUUUUGGCUGCUGUUUCUUCUUGCCUAUCUUUCCCCCCACAAGAUGGAGCUUUUGAUUCAUUAGUGAAGGAGCUAGGAGAGAGGAUUUAAACCUGAAUAUUGGUUGUGAGAAACCACAGGAGGGGGCAGUGCUCUUGUUGCUUGAAUCCUGCUUGCAGGUUUUCCCACAGACACUUGGUUGGCCAUUGUCAGAAGGGAGUGCUGAACUAGACGGGCCAUUGACCUAAGUAAUCCAGCAGCCUCUUCUUGUGUUCUUAGGAACAGAAAACUUAAUACUGUCGCCUUUCCACCAGCACCUGGGGUCACAGAUGAACCUCACACGCAGCUCAGUUACACAGUAGUGACUGUGAUGUUUUCCUUUAGGUCGCCUGAAGCCAAAAAAAGACAAGCUGUUCCCAAUGGCCCACCAGCGAAGAAGGCAAAGAAAGAAUCUUCAUCCAGUUCUGACAGCUCCAGUGAAGAUGAGAAGCCCCCAGCUAAAAAACAAGGUAAAUUAUGCUAGUUUGCUCCAGUAUGCAGAUAAGUUGGUUCAUACUUAGGUGUUGAUUUUGCUUCCGUAAGGAGUAGCCCAGUUGCAUCACUUGUGUGUGGAAACGUCUUUCUCCUCCCGUUGUUUCUGUCCACAUUUGGAUACGGAUCACGUGCUCCUUGAACAAUCCAGAGCAAAUAAGUUAUUCAGUGCCCUUGAGUAAAGGCUCCGUCAGCCACUAUACCGUAAUGUUUAUCAUAAACAUAACUCAAUGCAGUUGGAAGUCCAUGGCCAAAUAAUAUUAGGUAAGGGGGGCUGUAGAUUCUUUAAGGAGUCCUACUCAGCAAGUGGGGGGAAAUAUGGAAAUCAUGUAAAUCCACUUGAAGAUUUUUUGGGGGAAGAAAACAAAAUCCAACCCAAACUGAGGGGUAUGUUUUACACGACUGAUAGUAAAACCAACACAUGCAGAUGUUUUGCAAAUGUAGCUUUAUUUUAGGGUUAAAAUAAUCUGCUCAAAGGGUGGGAAGAAGUGGUUUUUUUGUUUUUGGAGGGGGUGCUCUUUGCAAUAGCAACUUUUGCUGACUGCUGUCUGCCAUUAAGAUAAAAAAGAUGGGGCUAGGUUCAUUUCUAAAUAACUCAGUAUUUUCUUUUUCUCCCCACGCCAAAUCUAGCAGCCAAGCCUGCUGCGGUAACCAAAGUGCCAUCAAAGCCAGCUCCUGAGAGCAGCAGUGAUGAUUCCAGCGACUCUUCCGAUUCAGAGCAAGAGAAGAAGUCGUCAGCAAAGGUGAGAUUCUUGCCCUUGCUCCUCCUCUGAGUCUUGAAAAGUCCUAAAGAUGCCCUGAAAGCUACAAAACAUGGAAACUCAUAUGGCUCUGUGAGCUGGCCAGCCCUGUUUUUUUAUUAUUAGUGUUCUUAAUAACAAUGACAUUCUUGUUUAGGAAAGAAAAUAAUGCGAAGGCGAAAAAUGGUUACCAUGCCCCUAAGAUUUAUGCUUGGUUGCUUACAAAGAACUCUCAACCUUUAUCCAAAACUUUUAAAACAUGGUGGCAGAUAAUUUUGGAUAUUGGGUGGAGGUAAAGGCCAGGACACGACGUCAGUGGAAAUGAGGGUCGUUCUGGAAAGGGUUUGCUAAAAAUAAAUAAAAAAUAAAUUGGGCAGUAAGGGAUGGGUUUUAAAGGAAGCAAGGGGAACCAGCUGAAGUUGUGAUGCCCUGUUCUCCUCCAGGGAAGCUUUACUGUACAGACUAUUUCCAAAGGUAUUCAAGGGAACCCUGUGAUUCCUCCGUAAAAUCGGUAAUGGUGGCAAUCUUCUCUGAAAGGCAGUGAGGCCACCAUUGUUCAUCUUAACCUGCAAUGCAUAGGGGCAGAAAUACGUGCUGUAUAUUCUAAACUGCCCUCUUGGUUCAUAUGGAACAGUGGUGGGGUCCAAUAGUGGCCAGCGCCCUACGUAAAAUAAGCAUGCACACUAGAACAUUUCCUGGAAUCCUCUGCUAUGGGUCUCCUGGUUGUUCCAAGUGUCUAGGAGACCCUUGGUGGGUAUGGAUUUAUUGAAGCUAUAAUUCUGAAAGUGCUGGUUCUGGCAGAAAAGCAGGACAGGGUACAGGGAGGAACUGGCUACCAACAAUGUUGCUCCCGCAACUUGGGACUGGGGCUGGCUAGCUUUUAUCUGCCCCGAGGCAUAGGGCGGUCCCGGUCCACAGGUGACUCGCCUCUCCUGGCCUGGAGGUGAGCACUCCUCCUGCAGGAACUUAGUUCCCUCCUCCUCUCUGCCCUGAGCCUCUGCAGCUCAGGAGAGGCUGGAGGGUUACUGGACCCAGAGGCAACCUCCGUUUCCUUUGACGGAGCUGAGAGUGGAGCACCUGCAGGCAAUGGGUCCUCCAUCACCUCAGGAGCCAGAGCAGACUCAGCUGGUGCCUGCACCUGAAGAUCCAGCCCUGGCUCAACUGGUUCUGGAGGCGGGGAAUCCUGUGCAGGCUGGGAUUCCUCAGGUUCAGCAUCCGAGUCCGAAUCCCAGGCCAUCACACCAACUUUUGCUGAAGACAGGCUUAUAGUCAACUAAAUAUUAUGUAAAAUAUUACUAAAGUAAUGUGGCUUGUGGUGUUUACUGACUUCUCUCGUUAGAAGGGAACAGCUCUCCCGGUUAAGAAAGCUAUCGUGAAAACAAAACCGCAGAAGAAACCCAGCAGUUCUAGUUCAGAUUCAAGUAGCUCGGAAGAUGAAGCUCCAAAGAAGCAGCAGCCAAAGCCAGAGGGAGUCAAAAAGGGAGCAAAGCCAGCUUCUAAGCCAGGUAACUCGCCUGCAUUAGUGCAGAAAACCAAAAUGCAGUUAACAAGUUCUCACAGGAGAGCUCUGAAAGGAUUUUGUGGCUAUUGAGUUCAUUGAAUACGUGUAUAACCAGAGUUUUGUUCUGUAGACGCAGCUGACUUUUUUCUGUUACUUCUAAGUUUGGAUCAUUUCACAGACGAUAGAUACAUAGGGCUGCCUUUGAAAUGGUUUAGAAGUUCCACCUGGUCCAAGGGAGAGCUGCAAGAUUAACUGGGAGGGUGAAUCAAUCACGUUAUGCCAGGAUCAUACCAAUUCAGCUGCCCCAGCUCCCAUUGCGUUUCUGGGCCCAAUCCAGAGCGCUAGUUUUAACCUUUAGAGCCCUUAAUGGCUUGGAAUCGGGAUACCUGAAAUACCACAUUCUAUGUCACACAUACUUGCCGAAACAGUGAGAUCUUCACAGGCCGUACCACAGGUGCCUCAGCCAGGUGACGGGCGAAUAUUGGGAACAGUGCCUGCUAAGUGGUGGCACCGUAGUUGUGGAAUACCUUGCCCACAGAGGCUUGUCUGGCGCCGACUUUAUGGUAAUUUUUGCACCAGGCGAAGACUUAACUCUUCUUUGUUUUCCCGGGCUUUUUAAAAAGAGCUUGUGUUCUGAACCAUGGUUUAUGUGCUGUGUGUUUUUGAGACUGGCUUUUAUUUUCUCUGCUGGAAAUGUUUCUGCUACACCUGUUCUAGGUUACUGGGUUGUCGUAGAAAAGUAAAAGUUACAAAAGAAAAAAAAAAAAGGUCAUUCAUAUCCAAAUCACUGAAAACGGGGAUAAAACCUGGACAAUAUGAAUUUCCUUUUCUAGACCUCAGGCCUGUUGCAAUGCUGAAGACCCUCCUUUAUGAUAGCUCAGUUGGUAGAGAAUGAGACUUUUAAUCUCAGGGUCGCGGGUUUCAGCAAAAGAUUUCUGCAUUGCAGGGGGUUGGACUAGAGGAUUCCUGUGGGCCUUCUAAGUCUCUGAUUCUAUUAAUAUAUGAUUCUUAAUGUGCUCAGAACAACAGUGGGUUUUUUUGACUGCAUGAUACCAACUCGUUAAGCCAAGUACAAAGAAAUAUGAAUCCUGUUUAAAGUAAACUAAACUAAUCUUGCUGAAAACAAUAGAAAAUGAUGUUCACUGUUUUGAACUUUGGAAAGGGGCGGUAAAAAUUAUUGUAGCGCUAUGCAUAUGCAAUAGCUGGAUUCGAGCUUUCUAAUUUCCUCUGUGCAUCAAAUAUUAUUUGCUUUCCCAAUCAGCAACAAAAGUCACCAAGGUGACGUCCAAAAUUAAAAUUACCAAUGGCAAAGCGGAAAGUAGCAGUGACAGCAGCAGCAGCAGCAGUGAGGAUUCUGAUGCAGAAAAGCGUCCACCUGCGAAGGUAAGCAGUAGAUCUUUGUAUGGUGGCUAGAAUUGCUAAGACUUGUCUUUCCUGUAUUUAUUUCUUGUUUGAAGGGAACUCAGUUACACAAAAGCAUGGGAACUAGGCAAGCAUACUUGGGGUGGAGGCUUUGUAUGAGUUCUGUGGCCUAUUUACACUUGGAGCAUUCAAGACUUUAUAUGCUGUUUUCACAAUCCUCUACUCAAGUCUGUCUUAGACUUGUGGCACACAUGUCCGCUCCUAAAUUCAACUUAGGAACUCCUCUGAGUUCAUACAGGCUUACUCCCAGAUUAAGCGUGCAAAGGAUUGCAGACGUAAUCUUCUAGCUGUUCCCUGUGAACAUGGAGAAAGUCAAAAAUUUCUCUUGACUUUUAGAUUUUCUCCUUGUGAGAUUAUGCACCCCAGAAUUUCUCAGCUGAUACUGUGCCUCUACUAUAUUUGUAUUGUGACUCCCCCCAAAAUAUUUUUUUUGAAUAGAUUUUAUUAGGAUUAAUAAAAAGAAAUACAAAGCUUAACAUCAAAUGUCUCUUUUUAAUCCAAAACUAAGACAUUGCUUUAAAUGCAAUAAAAACAUAGGGGGGGAAGAGAGAAGAAGGAAAACAGGAAAAGUAGAAAGAGAAAGAAAGAAAGAAGAAGAAAAUAGUUCAGAUGUGGCUGCCCUUAUUUUUAUACAUUCCUCAAAGCUUGCUAUGUUCUACAUCAUAAUUCCCGUAGAUAGGAGUGUUGCAGUAGACCAUAGCUUUGACUUUCAAAAAUGGGGUUUUGAUGAAGCUCUCACAGAAGGCUUUUAAGAGAACCUAGUUGUUAUGUGGCAAAAAGAUAGAUCCUUUUUAUAGGUAACUGUUUAAAAAUAGGAAACAAGAAGUAGGAAUGAUUGAUUGGCCAUUCUAGGGAAGUGAUUGAAAGAGCCCUCUGCCCUGCCCCGGUUUUCUAUAUUUAAAUUGGUGCUAUUUAGCAAACCAUGCAAACAACAAGGUAGCAGUGUUUUCAGAUUACACCAAAUUAUUACGUUUUUGUAUACACUGGAAGCUGCCCAGAGUGGCUGGGGCAACCCAGUCAGAUGGGCAGGGUAGAAAUAAUAAAAUAAUUGUUGCUGGUGCUGUUGUUAUUGCUGAAGGCGUCUCAAGCAGAGUUUGAUGAGCUCCAAAAGCAUCAAAAGUGAAAACAGGAUGACAGUUGAGAGAGUGCAAAGUAAAGUACUCUGGGACAAAAAUAACUAACUUCUGAUACUGAUUGAUUAGCUGCGUCUAUCCAGGGAAGUUCUUGUGCUCUAUUGGCAAGUUAGAUAAAGAGUAAUGAGUAAGUUCAUUGGUAGAGGAGAGAUAUUCAGUAUUCCAUUCGCAGCAGAAAGGGCAAGUUCCAUGUUGGGAAAUGGAUUAGAAAUAAUAGGGCAAGCUUCCUAAAUCAGUAUAGAAAUCAGAUGCAGUCAGAUUUAGAUUACUAUGUCAAGACCAUUUUUUUAAAAAAAAUAUGGAUAUAAAGGGCAGCCAGUGGUCCAGUUCUAUGUGUUUUCACGAGGAAUGACCUGCUGAGGUCAGUGAGGCUUCCUUCCAAGUAACUGGAGGACAGUAACCUCAAACUUGGCAUUUGUAGCAAUUAUUCCUUUUUGCAUGAGAACUAAGGCUGCAGCUCUUAAGCACAGUCCUCGCUAUAAUCAAAAUGAUUUCUCCGCAUGGUGGGAAAGGAACCGUUUCACAGGGUUGUCUCCUCAUCUGCAACAUGGAAAAUGGUCUAUAACACACAUUUAUGCGUUAAUAUAGUUCAGGAAGUAUUUCUGGUGUGAUUCAGUAAUGCUAGCCUGGUGUAAACAGUAAGCAGAUGAUGCUGUUAAGGAGAACAUACAUGUAGAAGCAGAAGUAUUAGCAGUAAGAUAAUGCCACAUUAUUCUGCUUCUUGCAUUGCUGCGUCAUUUUACAUUGCUUACGAAGAAAGAGAGAAAAGGAAUGAGCUGGUUUUCAUUUUUCAUCCUCUUUCGACUCCUGGUAUGUAGUUCGGUCCUCCUAGACAGCUACUUUAUUCAUCUGACAAACUAGACUCUAGCCCCACAAAACUUAUGAAACAAUACGUUUGUUGGUCUUUAAAGAAUCCGUAUGACUUCUUCCUGCAAGACUCUUUAACUAUCCCUCUGGAAUGAAUUCUCUUUUAAUAGCCUUUCAUGUCUCCGGCUUGUAAUUGAGUUGUGUGCCUGGUAGGGUAGCAAAUGAUUAGCUUUGGAUGGCAAUUGCUCUUCAAACUUCACCCUUAAUGAAUGGGCAACGGUGGGUCAUCUUCUCCCCUGUAAUAAGAGCGAGCCAAAGAAAACUCCGCAGUCCAAACCUGAAGGUUCUCGUCUACCCACAAAGAAGGAGAGCAGCAGCAGCAGUAGUGAUGAUUCUUCUGACAGUUCAGCAAGUGGGAAGCCAGUGUCAAAGCCCAAGGCAGGUGAGUUGCUGGCGGAUGCUUAAAAUCCAUCCUGAAGCUCCAGUUGAUUCCAGAGCAGUGCCACAAGAUUAUCAAAUGGGACAGGGAAAAUUGACCAGGUUAUUAUUCCAAUGCUGAAUAACGUACCCAUCAGGGGGAGAGGACCCUGGUUACAGAAUAGCAUUUCCAGGGACGUUUACCCUCCUUGUGUUCUUUUGAAGACCUUUCUCAGUAGUUUUUGUAAUUUUAAAUCAUGUGUUUUAACCCAGGGAGUGCAGCACGUUUUGUGAGUGCCGUGUCGCUGUUGGUGUUUUGACUUAAUGGCUUUAUAUCUCAUUUCGUAUUUUAAUUCUUUUGGGGGGGGGAAUAAAUUUUAUUAGGAUUUCUAAAGAGAAAUAUAAAGCUUAAUAUCAAAUAUCCCCUUUUUAGCAGCCAACGCUAAAACAUUGAUCUAAAUACAAUAAGAACAUAGAAAAAAAGUGAAAAAGAAAAGCAGGAAAAAUUAUUAUUGUCCAUGCCAGGUCAGUCAACCUUUGCUACUGUGUCCUUUCUUUUAGCAGAUCAAGAUGAUCAGGUGACAGCAAAAACUGUGAGGUUUUUAGCGGGGGGCAAUUAGAAUAUGAUCUAUUGUUUGAUUAUUGAUGUAAACCCCCAAAAUGUAUUUUCUAUGGUUAAGUUUUUACCUCUAUCUUCAGUAUAUUUUAUUUUAUUGCUAUGGCUUGUGGCUAAUGCAAAUAAAGAUUAUUCUUCUCUAGAAAGAGAAAUAAAGAAGUAAUAGACAAGAGACUUAAAAAGAGAGAGAAAGAAUAAAGUUCCGAAAUUAAUUAUUUUUCGUGCUUGUUUAUUGUAAGGUGCCCAAUCUGUGCCUUCCUGGAAUCUGCGUUAGAUGUAACAUGUAACAUACGGGGUUUACUAGUCUGGAGAUGGGGUGAAUUAUAGCCCCAGCCCUCUUUCCUUCCCCAGAGUUGGCCCUGCUGUACACAAACCACAACUGUCCCCUGCCUGCUGUCUCUUAAAGCUUGAGUAGAACAUAGGCUUGCUUUCCCACCUGACAGAGCCAGAGGAAACACAUGUCCUUCAAGCGCAGAGCUAGAGGGACGAUGAGGAGACAUGCGGCUUUCGCUGUAGCGGCUGGUGGAAGGUCCAGGACUUCCAUAGGCUGUGUGUCGAAGCAGAGCAGUUACAAAUCUUUGUAAAAGAGGGAAAGGAGAGGCAUGUGGGCCUAGUCUGUGCCUAAUAGGCACUGAGGCAGACCAAAUGCCUGUCCCCUCUCCAGCUCUGAGCUGUUGGCAGACAAGGGUUUGUUUUCCGGCCCAACUCCAAGCUUAGAGCUGGAGAGCGGAGCAGGAUAUUCCCCCCCCCCCAAAAAAAACCCCCACAACUUUAUGUUGUAUUUCAGAGACAUAGCUCAAGGUUAGAGACAAGACCCUGCCACUUGGGUCUGAGAGAACUACCAGCAAGAUUGGCCAUAAAUGGUUGACUUCUUGCGGUAUCACUUUGAGAAGCAUAUGCUCCACAGAUCCUCUUGGCUAGAUGAUUUAAAACACACACACACAGUGUAAUGUGACUAGCUUCAUAUUUGUCUCUCAUGUUUUGGUUGUUGGCAGAUCUCAUUCCACCAGAUUCUCUUUUGUCCCUUCGCAGGCCAGUACAGCGCUGUGCCACCUCCUUCGUCCAUAGAGUCAAGGAAGGGCAAAGCACAAUCUCUGCCUGUAAAGACUUCUAAGAAAAAGGUGGAAAACCAUGAUGAAAAGGAGCAGGUGCCCAAGAAGAAAACAGCAAGUAUGUAUUUGUGGAGAGGAAUUAAACAUUAAGGUGACGGCAUCCAUAUUUGAUGGAGGGGACUCAAAAGACAGUCCUUGUUUCGUUGCAUUUUGGGCAGGGAGUUUAUGCACAUGUAUAAAAUAGGCUCUCUGUUGGAUACUGCCUAAUGACGUGUUAAAACUUCUAGAAAACUAAGGAAGCUUCCAAGGUUGGCCUUGGUUCUGUAUAUUCCAGAAUUCCUGGCUUCUCUGGCUUGCAAAAGGCUUUGUACCAACAAAGAGAUACGCCUGUACCAGUUGAACAAAGCCUUUCUCUGUCAUGAAACAUGUAAGCUUACAAGUCCCCGCAAUCACUGGCUGAACGCACGUUAACACACACCUUUUAUGCAUCAGUUUAAAGUGCUUGCAUGUCAGACUUUGAUUGCAAAAGGCUAGGUGCCUUUUUUGGUAGCCUGAGAUCAGGAUGCUAGUAAUUUCCCCAACUCCAGAAACCUUCGUAGUUAAAGGGAGUAUGUCAGGACUGUUCUGAUUUGUGCUGGGCUGGCUGCUUUUAAAAAGUCUUCUUGUACGUACAUCUGGGUAUGAGCGUUUGUUAGACUGGAAUUGUUUGGGUCCCCUUGAAGAUAAAGUUCAGUGAAAGCAGCCUGUUUUUCUUUGUAGCUAAAGGACCUGCGGCUAAGCCAUCGCCUGCCCCCAAAUCUGCUGCUGUUUCCAAGCAAAAAGAAGAGACUAGUUCAGACAGUGACUCAGGUGAGUACCACAAACAAGCACGUUCUCUGGAUUCUUUAUCACUGUGUCUUUUACUGAGGAAAUGUUUGGAUUUGCAUACCAUGGAGGCAAUGAGUGAGACAGAAGUACCCUCUGUUUCAGGCUACCUGUCAGUUGCUUUUGAUGUAUACAACUGGUGCAGAAUUACUUUGCACAGGGGAUAUCUCACACAUAUCCCAUCUCACGCUUGAUGAAGAAUCGUGCUUAGGAGUGGAUUGGGGGAUUCUCUUGGACGUUUUAUGUCCAGAGGCUUCAGGCAGAAUAGCAGAAUGAACGGGCCUUCUCUGUAGUAACUCCCCAUUUGUGGAAUGCCGUCCCCAGGGAGGUUCGCUUGACGUCUUCAUUAUAUAUAUUUUAGGUGCCAGGCAAAUGCGUUCCUCUUCAACCAUGCCUUUAGUUGAUUAAUAUUCUACAGCCUUUGAAAUGUAACAGGGGUUGCUGUUUUGCUGUUUGGUUUUACCUAUUUACUUGUUUUUAUCCUGUAUUUUAUUCUGUGAACCACCCUGAGAUCAUACGAUGAAGGGUGGUAUAGAAAUCUUAAUACAUAAAUACAUUUGUACCUUGGAUCUCAAAUGCCUUGGCUCCCGAACAAAUCGGCUCCCAAACGAACAAAACCCGGAAGUGAGUGUUCUGGUUUUUGAACUAUUUUCAGAAGCCAAACAUCCGGGGGGGCUUCCGAUUGACUGCAGGACGCUCCUGCAGCCAAUUGGAAGCUGCGCCUUGGUUUUCAAGAAGAACCAAGGUACAAAUGUAAAUAAAUACCUGACAAUAAUGAUGCUGAUUUAUUACUUAUACCCCGUCCAUCUGACUGGGUCACCCCAGCUACUUGGGGCAGCUUCCAACAGAAUAUUUAAAAAUCCCAUAAUGAAACAUCAGACAUUAAAAACAAUCAUGCCCCAUAAGUCUUACAAGCUGCUCUUGUAUAUUCCUGAGGCUGGACUGUUGUUGGAAAGUUACAGUUCCAUCACCAAAGUUCACCUUUGUAUACUCUUGCGCAUGUCAUGGGGCAACAGAGAGCGAUAUCGUAUGCCUCCCUGUUAGAGGCUUCAUAUACUGCUGGUAGGAUGCGGGUGGCGCUGUGGUCUAAACCACUGAGCCUCUUGGGCUUGUCGAUCAGGAGGUCGGCGGUUCGAAUCCAUGCAACGGGGUGAGCUGCUGUUGUUCUGUCCCAGCUCCUGCCAGCCUAGCAGUUCAUAAGCACGCCAGUGCAAGUAGAUAAAUAGGUCCCGCUGCAGCUGGAAGGCAAAGGGCGUUUCCAUGUGCUCUGGUUUCCGUUACGGUGUUCCCUUGCACCAGAAGCGGUUUAGUCAUGCUGGCCACAUGACCCAGAAAGCUGUCUGUGGACAAACGCCGCCUCCCUUGGCCUGAAAGUGAGCUGAGCGCCGCAACCCCAUAGUCAACCUUUGACUGGACUUAAUUGUCCAGGGGUCCUGGUGGAGUGGGAUAGGUUGCUUGUUUAGCCUCCAUUGAUUCAGUGGGUGUUUUUUUGACCUGUACCACUCUUGAGGUCAGCGUAAUAAUUUAUCAACGUUCGGCUGUAAGGUAGCAUAGGGUUUGGUGUAUGUCCACUCCUUGCCUAUCAUACUCUAGCCUCUACCCAGUGUUAGACUUCCUGCUGGUCAUUGUUACAUCAGCAUAUCUGUGAUGUUGCACCACCUGAUCUCCACUGGCAGAGGCCUAUCUCGAGAGAUGCUGGCACAACAGGGCUUUUGCAACGCUUUGAAAACCCCACCUGGCAUAUCUUGAGCACAGGACUGUAAAGCUAUCAUUAGCACUUCUGUUUGCUUUCGUUUAAAGCACACACCUCGCUUGGAAUCUCUGCGGCGAGAGGUUAAAAUGUGCUGGGACUUAAAACCACUGUCUUGUUUGGAUUUUGUGCAUAGAUAGUAGCUCUGAAGAAGACAAGAAGCUUCCUGCCAAAUCGUCUGCAACAAAGGUUGCUGCUAAACCCGCUCCGUCAAAGGCAGCGACCAGCUCUUCUGAUAGCUCAGGUACCUGGGGUUACAAGCAGACAAGCUCCAUGUUGAUCAUUACUGUUCCCAUAUUACGAAAAGAUCUGGCCAGUUACACAGAUCCCUGGACGUGUUCCUUGCCAUAUCUAAAACAAGUAAAAGCCACAAUGCUGCAAGUACUUUGCUUGAUUUUCUUCUACCACUCCUUGUGCCCUUUAGGCUUUAAGUGUGGCCCUGCCGAUGAGCUUUAGGAUAUAAAUCAGGGUUGGGUCCACGGCAGUGUCCAAGGGAUGCAUGUGACCCUUGAGGCCUUUUUGGGCGGCGCUGUGGGUUAAACCACAGAGCCUAGGACUUGCCGAUCAGAAGGUUGGCGGUUCGAAUCCCUGCGACGGGGUGAGCUCCCGUUGUUCGGUCCCAGCACAUCAAAGUGAAAGUAGAUAAAUAGGUACCGCUCCGGCGGGAAGGUAAACGGCGUUUCUCUGUGCUGCUCUAGUUCGCCAGAAGCGGCUUAGUCAUGCUGGCCCCAUGACCCGGAAGCUGUACGCCGGCUCCCUCAGCCAGUAAAGCGAGAUGAGCGCCGCAACCCCAGAGUCGGUCACGACUGGACCUAAUGGUCAGAGGUCCCUUUACCUUUACAGCAACAUUUUACGUCCCCACUUCCCCAGCCCUCACACUGCCUUCCCAAAUCCCAAAUUUUGGGCUUGUCCCCACCCCAUGCAGCAAGCCAGUGUGUGACCUGCGGGUUCUCUUGCAGCCCACAAGAGACUGCCCUGAUGUAGAUGUUCCAUAGAAAAGAUAACCUUCCACUGUUUAAGUAGCCAUUGUUUUUUAUAAGGACUUACAAUCACUUAACCGAGCCUAUUCCCUAUGUUUAUUUAUGCUCCAGUUAGCCACAGAAGAGGUGCCUGUCUGUUUAAAAACCGGCAAGUAUCCUUGCUUCGUUUAAAUUGUCUCAGUUGAUCAAUGAGUAAAUAUUCCAAUCACUGCACAGGAAAUGUGUACACAUAUAUAUCUCGUGUGCCAAUUUGUCUGAUAAUUAGUAUGGGCAGGGACCCUAUAAUUACCAUAUUUUUUGCUCUAUAAGACUCACUUUUUCCUUCCUAAAAAGUAAGGGGAAAUGUGUGUGCGUCUUAUGGAGCGAAUGCAGGCUGCUCAUCUAUCCCAGAAGCCAGAACAGCAAGAGGGACCGCUGCUUUCACUGCACAGCGAUCCCUCUUGUUCUGGCUUCUGACAUUCAGAAUAUUUUUUUCCCCUUGUUUUCCUCCUCCAAAAACUAGGUGUGUCUUAUGGUGUGGUGCGUCUUAUAGAGCGAAAAAUACGGUAAUCUCACACCCUCCUAAGUCAGCUUUCCUAACAAAAUCCUUUCCCCUCCUACUUUUCCUUGAAUAGUGAAAACACUGGUAUUUGGAUUCGUCCUGUGGGUGUACAACUUGCCCCAUCUGAAACUGAACUGUGAAAAUAGUGCCGAACCCGCACUGCUUUUGUCGUUGAAAUUUCUCCUUUAAAAUUUGCUUACCUAGAUUCUGACAGCUCUGAGGAUGAAACUCCUGCAAAUGCUGCAGUUAAACCAGCUGCAAAGGCGGCAAAGAAGAUUCCUGUGAUGGUUGGAAAGAAGGCGGAUGCUGGCUCUGGGGAUAAGAGAGUUGCUCCCCCCAAAACUGGUGCAAAGAAUCCCAAGUCAGGAUCCAAACCUAGCCUCUCUGCCUCCCAAGCAAGCAGUUCUUCAGACUCCAGCAGCAGCUCAAGUAGUGAAGAGGAGCAGAGCAAGCCUGCCCAGAAGUCGGCUAAGAAGUCGCAGGCCAAGCCCGUUCAGAAGCCGGCUAGCAAAUUGGCCAGCGGCAAGAGCACAGUGGCUUCGAAGCAAGCGGAGUCCGAAAGCAGCAGCUCUUCCGACAGCUCCAGCGACGACGAGCCCAAAGCGGCAGGGGAGGGGCUAAAGAAUAAAGCCAAGAAAAACAGCAAGCCGUCGAAGAAAAAGGCAUCGAAAGCUUCAUCCGCGCCUGCAGGCAAAACACCGUCUUCCAAGACUCUUACAUCUGAAGCAGCUAGCGAUGGGGAGAGCAGCAGUUCUGAUGAUGAAGAUGACGACGAUGGGGCUGUCAAUGGAGGUACGUCACUGCCAGCCAAGAAGGAAGUAGGGAAUGCUGAAUAUGAAAGAAAGUUAAUACUGUAUGCAGGGUAGAUUUGACUUAAAUCACGAUUUAAAUCACUAGUCAGUAAGGCUUGAUUUAAAUCGUGUGUUUUUUGCAGAAAGACUCAUUCUUGCUGUGCUGGCAUAAUCCUAAUAUUUACAACGAAAGGAAGGUUUCAUUUUUGGAAUAAUAAAUUUUCAGAGUGGUUUUUACAGUUAUAUCAAAAAUUGCUGAUUUGGUUAUACUAUUCGAAAUACAUAGAUAAUUAUGAAAUUAUUGUGAGGUUUAAUAAGUUAACUUUAUGUUUGGACAACUUUUCUGCUGUACUUUAUUGGAAGGGGAAAAACCCAAUAAUUUCCUUAAUAACAAUUUAUUAACUAAAACAAUAACAUUAUAGCAUAUGUAUCCAUGUUUGUUAACCGAUGUGGUUAAACAAUAAAAAACCCCUUAGACUAUGUUUUAGCACACAUGAAAAACUUAAAUCCUUAUUUCUUGAUGAAUAGCCUUUGGACUAUAGUGUAAAUUAAACAGGAAACUAUCUUUAGAAAUUUUUUUCCUCCAAAAGCAUUUUAUUUCAAAAAUCCAAUUUAAAAUUUAAAAAAAUCCAAAUUUAAAUUUUAAAAAAAUUGUUUUUAUUUUUAAAAAUAAAAAACAUCGUUUUUUAUCCACCCUGACCGCAUACAUGAAUGCCGCAUGUGCAAUCUUUCCCCAGUAACUGCAGUGCAUCUUAUGUUCAGUGGGCAGUCAAAAAGAAUAUGGGUCAUUAAAGUAGCACUGGAUAUGGGUCACAACAAAACAUUUCUUACUUUUACUCCCACCCCACCCCACCUGACUGCUUAUUCUAUGCGCUGUUCUCUUACAUUCAGUAAGAUAUGAUUGUGUUAGGGAUGCGGGUGGCGCUGUGGGUUAAACCACUGAGCCUAGGGCUUGGCGAUCGGAAGGUCGCGGUUCGAAUCCCCGUGACGGGGUGAGCUCCCGUUGCUCGGUCCCUGCUCCUGGCCACCUAGCAGUUUGAAAGCACAUCAAAGUGCAAGUAGAUAAAUAGGUACCACUCCGGAGGGAAGGUAAACGGCGUUUCCGUGCGCUGCUCUGGUUUGCCAGAAGCGGCUUAGUCAUGCUGGCCACAUGACCCGGAAAAACUGUCUGCGGACAAACGCCGGCUCCCUCGGCCUAUAGAGCGAGAUGAGCGUGCAACCCCAGAGUCGUCCGCAACAUUUACCUUUUACCUUUAUGAUUGUGUUGAAACACGGCAGGCCAAUCCAAGAAGAAACGAAAAAGGGAGGACAGCCAGGGGCAGGAGACACCAAAUGCGGGGAAGAACAAGAAACCCAAAACACCACAUACGUUCCCCAAGAUGAAGCGGGUAAGAAUCAUGGUGUUGUAGAGUCGGGAGGGACCCGGGGGUCAUCUAGUCCAACCCCCUGCAAUGCAGGAAUCUCAGCUAAAGCAUUCCAGCAGAUGGCCACCCAACCUCUGCUUAAAAACCUCCAAGGAAGGAGAGGCCUACAGCCUCCUGAUGGAGACCAUUCCACCACCGAACAGCUCUUACUUUCAGAAAGUUCUUCCUGGUGUUUAGUCGGAAUCUCCUUUCUUGUAACUCGAAGCCAUUGGUUCGAGUCCUACCCUCCAGAGCGGGAGAAAACAAGCUUGUUCCCUCCUCCAUGUGGCAGUCCUUGAGAUAUUUGAAGAUGGCCACCAUAUCUCUUCUCAGUCUCCUGGGGAAGACUGAGAGGAUCUCGGGAGAAAGGGUGGAAUUGCCUUCUUGACAAGAGCUGCGAAAAGCUUUCAUCUCUGUUGGUUGUCUCCUUUUACCCUGAGAAACCUUGUUGAGGUGCUAUAAAUUUGCCAGGAGCAGCCUGGCAUCUGUGGUUCUAGUCCAGGGGUUGGCAAAGUUUUUGUGGCUUGGGCCGGUUCAAGGUCCAGCAGACGCCACGGUGGGCCAGGCCAGAGUGCGCACGCAUGCGCAAACACUCUUUCCGGCGCGGAGGAGGUGUGCGCAGCUUCCCAUUGGUUGCAGGAGCUUCCUGCAGCCAAUGGGAAGCUGGCCAGCGUCGCAGAAGGUGGUCCCUGCUCUGCUCCGCGCUGGUUUAGCACGGCGCAUGGAAACCGAGCGGGCAGUGGGGGUCCAUGGGCCGGUUAAACGACUCGCAUGGACCGCUUGUGGCCCAUGGGCCUUAGUAUGCCGGCCCCUGUUCUAGUCACUGGGGCAUCAUGAAGCAUUUCUGUCCCAGGAAGAUGCUUAACUUUACAGUUUUGGUGCAUACGGCCAUAAAUCCAAUGUAGUUUGGGGCUCAUUGCUUUAAAUUAGCACGACGGCUACUGCAGGAAAAUACCAAAAUACCAAUUUUCUUUCGACAGCAGUCCAGUCCUUUCCGCAGAGUAAAAGCAGAAGAGAUUGAGGUGGAUGCACGAGUAGCAAACAAUUCAUUUGAUGCCAAGGUAAGAGGAAGAUAAGAGUUGCAUUCCUCCAGACUGUAGUUUGUACAAAACUGUGGAAUUUUUGCGCAGUCUAGGACCUGUUUGCUUUAGGGAGCAUUGCCUCUUCAGUAACUACUCGGUGUUCUUUUGCUGACUGGUGGUCACUGACUCGCUAUAUCUCUUCCAGAGAGGAGCUGCGGGUGACUGGGGUGAAAAGGCCAACGAAGUCCUGAAAUUUACAAAAGGGAAAUCCUUCCGACACGAGAAGACAAAGAAGAAAAGGGGAAGUUACUGCGGCGGCGCGAUCUCCACGCAGAUAAACUCCAUCAAAUUUGAAAGCGACUAAACUUCAGUUGCCUCCUCAGAAUCCAAGGCCUGAGCAUGUGAAAAGAUGCGAAGUGUAGUGGGAUCUCUCUUCCACAAAGCAUCAACUCUUGUAUUGGUAACAUGGGAAGAUGGUUGCUCUUUUGCGUAAUGACAAAACUUAGCCGUGUCUGUGACUGUCUCUUGAGGACUUCUCAGACUUUCCUAAUUAAGUACAAACUUACUUUUAGAUGACACAAGUUCAGUUCUAGCAGACCUCAUGAAGCAAUAUGUAUGUUGUUCUUGUUUUGCUAAACACCCCUUUUUAAUCUUCCAACAAAUCUAACAUUAAGGAUGCACCGAAAGUGACAUUCAUCUCUAUUGCUCGGCUCCUUGGUAAGGAAUCUGGUCUUGCCUGCUGUCAAAAGGGUGAUCCCACCUUCGCAAUCUCGCCUAUCAUUUCCCCCCCUCUUCAUUUGGGGCAUUCAUAAAACAUUUCUAUAAUCUCUAAGAGCUGGGCAAUUUGGUUAAAUCCAGGCAAAUCUCCCUUUUCCUAUAAAUGGAUUGGCUAUAACUACUUGAAAAUCCCUGAGUUAAUUUUUUGGGCCAUCGUUUUUGUAGAUGAGGCAACAAAAAUGUCUGCCUGUUUCCUUUCGGUUUCUCCAAAAGCCAGGAAAAUACCCAAGGGUUGAAAUAGCUCCAGAGUGCAGGGCCACUGAUUGUUAUCUACGUUUUGGCAAGCAUGUAAUACCUUCGAGGGGAAGUAAGAGUUCUUGCAUGGUGGCUCUGCCAACUAAUAUGUCGCUCGCAAUGGCCGUUCUUAUUUGGAUAGUGUGCAGUUGGGCCCGUUGAAGCCUUCGUCCAUCUGCUUUGUUUUGUUUUUGGGGAAUGUGAUGACUUUUUAUUUCCCAGAGAUGGCCAGGUCCAGUUAAGGCUCUUACGUGAGAAGCUUGCAACCUCAGGCAUGUUAAUUCUUGCUGAUGUGCUUCAAUGUGGCCAGAGAAGCCACAAUGCUUCUUUAGGGUGGAGCCUGGACGCCUGACCUAGAAUCCAGCUGCUAAAAGAAACCGGACCUGUUCAAGAAGUACCAUCUGAUGAUGGAAAGAUGGGAGAAGUGGUUGUUGGGAGCUCUCACCCCACCCCACCCCCAAAGAGAAAACCUUCAACCAUGUGUUUCCUCCAUUUGGAGCAUAAAAGUAAUAAGACCCAGCAGAUUAACUGCGUGGGAAGCUGGCUGUCAAGAGAGAGCAUUUUAGAUGUUUCCCUGUUGUGGAUAUCGCUGUACUUCGGAAUCCGUCCACAGUAAAUGCUAUGCCAGCAAUGUCUGCGGGUUAAAGACAAAACAGCCAAGGUUAUAAUGUGUCUUAAUGCCCCAAAGGGCUAUUCUUUUCACAGCCUUGGCCCCUUGCCCUUUGAUGUCUUCAGAUUCCAUUGGCAUGGUACAAGAAAACUGGCAAGACUCAACUCCUUAAUGGUGUUGGGACGGUUGGAUAUUUUAUUUGAAUAGACAAACAUUUAGUAUAAUAAAAAUGUUUUUAAAAUGUCGAUAA